CCCAGCGUCACCCAAUAGUCUUGUAGACUUGCACGCGUAAUUUGCUAUGUAUCUGGCAACCCGGGAAGAGAGCUUAGUAGUAGGCAAGUGUGCGUCUUGACUUAGCUGUUCGCCUGGAACGUACCGAUGGAAUCGAAAACUGGGACCAUGCGUGUGAUGGUGACCGGAGGGAGUGGUCUGGUGGGCAAAGCGAUACAACAUGUGCUAAAGGAGGAAGGAGGAGCAAGAGAAGGAGAGGAAUGGAUCUUCCUGUCCUCAAAAGAUGCCAAUCUAAUGAAUGCAGAUGAGACAAAAGCUCUCUUUGAGAAACACCGUCCAACACAUGUCAUUCAUCUGGCAGCUAUGGUGGGCGGCCUCUUCAAAAACAUGAGACAGAACUUAGAUUUUUGGAGAAACAACAUGUACAUCAAUGACAAUGUGCUGCAAGCAGCUCAUGACUUUGAUGUCUUAAAAGUCGUCUCCUGUCUGUCCACCUGCAUCUUCCCAGACAAAAUCACUUACCCCAUUGAUGAGACUAUGAUUCACAGUGGUCCUCCUCAUGACUCAAACUUUGGUUAUUCAUAUGCCAAAAGAAUGAUUGAUGUCCACAACAGGGCCUAUUUUACACAGUACGGUCGGAGGUACACAGCUGUUAUACCUACAAAUGUGUUUGGUCCCCAUGACAAUUUCAACAUAGAGGAUGGUCAUGUUCUACCAGGACUUAUACACAAGACCUACAUUGCACAGAAGGAGGGGACAGCUCUACAGGUAUGGGGUUCUGGUCGACCACUGAGACAAUUCAUCUACUCACUGGAUUUGGCUCGUCUGUUUCUGUGGGUCCUGAGGGAAUACAAUGAGGUGGAUCCGAUUAUAUUGUCAGUUGGAGAGGAGGAUGAGGUGUCCAUUAAAGAAGCUGCAGAUGCUGUUGUUAAAGCUCUGAAUUUCAGAGGAGAAGUGGUUUAUGACACUAAUAAGUCUGAUGGACAGUUUAAGAAAACAGCCAGCAAUGCUAAACUCCGCAAAUACCGUCCUGACUUCACCUUUACUCCAUUCCACAAAGCUAUCAAGGAGACGUGUGACUGGUUUGUGGCGAAUUACGAUGUUGCUCGCAAAUAAGGAUCAUGACACCAUUCUCACUGCAAGAUGAUGUAGCAGCACAAACGUUGGACUUCCUGCACUGCUCAAGAGCCAGCAAUGCUUCAGUGAACUACUGAAUCCACAGCUCAACAUUCUUAAUACUGAAAAAGCCUUAAAUGUACAAAGUCGAUAUGUUACUUUUCCAAAAUCUUUAUACAUGUGAUGGAAUUAUUACAUUGACCAAUAGAUCAUUAUAUGUCACAAGUAGUUGUACUUGGCGCUUGAUACAACAAUUUUUUUUUGUUUGAAUGUAGAGUAGUAGGCUUUUUUAUUUAGUUUUUAUUUUAUAUAUAUAUAUAUAUAUAGAGAGAGAGAGAUACAU